AUGCGCCAUCCUGAGACGCUUCAGAUCCAUGUCCCGGGCGCAGCUCCAGCUCCUUCGAAACAACGCUCCUUCGAAACAACGCUCCUUCGAAACAACGCUCCUACCAUCUGCGAUUUCGAGCGAGCUGCAUUCUUCCAGCGUCUUCUAUGCGUCACUAACGGCCCAGGUCCUCGAUCCCGGGUCCGAUUCUCAGCCACGUGA